AUGGAGGACAAAUCUGAAGAGCUUGCGAGUUUGCUGAAAAUUCUCCCCCCUGCAGAAUUUUGUUGUGUCUAUGGCUCAGCUCUCCAUCCAAAUAAUCGUGACAAGUCAUCAAUGGUAGAUUACAUUCUAGGUGUAGCAAAUCCUCUGCAAUGGCAUGCUGAGAAUCUGAAAAUGAAUCGAGAUCACUAUGCCUCCUGGAUGGUGCACCUUGGCGGGGCAAGGCUGAUUACUGACGUUGCAGAUGAAAUUGGUGUUGGAGUACACUUCAACCCAUUUGUUACCUGGAAUGACAAGAUGUUCAAGUAUGGGGUUGUUCGAAUGGAUGAUCUGAUACGGGACAUACUCAAUUGGGAGAGGUUCUAUCUUAGUGGUCGAUUACAAAAACCUGUUCAUAUACUAAAGGAUAAUCUGGAUAUUUCAAAUGUAAACUCUGUUAAUUUGAGAGCUGCAACGUCUGCUGCUCUCCUUCUUUUGCCUUCCAAAUUCAAUGAGGAAGAUCUCUAUGCCAAAAUAUGUAGCCUGUCAUAUAUGGGUGAUCUGCGUAUGCUUUUUGCAGAAGAUAAAAAUAAGGUGAAGAAUAUUGUGCAAGGGCAGUUUAGUUUAUUCCAAACAAUGUAUAAGCCAUAUCUAGAUGAACAUGCAACCAAUGACUUGUUGAGAUUUUCAUCAUCUGGUGGUCACCAAGAAUCUAGUUUAUCUGCAGUUUCCUCCCUUGUUUCUAUUCUUCCGGCGACGGUCAAAAGCCAAAUGAGGAUGAGAGUAGGAGAAGAGAAAAAAGUUGGUAAAUCUGGUCAAGUUAUACGCGAAGUUGUGAUUAAUUCAAGGGAAGAGGUUGCUGAAUGCAUGCGGAAAGUUGUGAGGCGUAGGGUUAUGAUUUCAAGUGCAAGGCAGGCUGUUUCUGGAAUACUGACUGCUGGUGUUGUUCAUGGAGUUAGAUAUCUUGCAAAUAAGAUGCACAAGGCUUGAAAAUCAUGGACAUGAACUUGAAAUACUAACUGUUGGCACUGUUCAAGUGCAAGGCAUGCCG